UCUUACUUUUCCCCCCACCUUCCCACCUCGCGUCCAGCACGCCGAUAAAAACUGCGGCACGCUAACCCUAUACUGACUCUACUCCGCUCCGCAGCAGCAGCACCACCGCCAGAGCUUCGCUUCCUCUCUCCGCAGCUGGCAUGGCGUCUUCCGGCGGCGGGCGCUCACCGGUGACGGCGGUCUUAGACGACCUGGUCGAUGUACGCGACCGCGUGGCGGUGCUGCAGACCGUGUUGCACGAGUCUUCGCCUGGGCCAACGACCGUGGAGGCGGGGGAGCUGGUGGACGGGAUGAUGGCCAAGCUGUCGAGCGCCUUCUCGGUCGUUCUCGGCACCGGCGAUGGUGGCGUGGCGUCGUCGUUGUCAGGAGCAGGCCGGGGGCCGAGCGGGAGGAGGAAGAGACCCGGCGCGGCGUCGUCCGGGCCGCACCGCCGGAGCAGCCCGAGGGGAAGGAUGAAGAGCCCUCUAAGCAGGACGGUCACCGCUACGACGCUCACAGAUGGCAAGUCAUGGAGGAAGUAUGGACAGAAACAGAUACAUGACUCUACUAACCCGAGGAGCUACUACAGGUGCACGCAUUUGCCGGAUCAAGGCUGCAAGGCCAAGAGGCACGUCCAGCAAUCCGAGUCCAACCCGACGGAGUAUACCAUGGACUACUAUGGCCAGCACACCUGCAGGGACCCCUCCACGUUCCCAUCGCUCAUCGUCCAAAGCGCCGCCGCUGCCCCGCCGCCAGACUGCGCAAACCUCAUCAGCUUCGCGCCCAUCAAUGGAGCUAACAGCGGUUUCACCGCAAGCACGAGCACAAGUGCUUUUGCUCAUCAUCUCAUGAAAGAAGCGGCUGAUCAUCACCCUAUGCUCUUCUCCCGCUUCUCCAAUUACUACAGCUCCUCGCCGCCGGCCCAGGAGGGUGUGUCCAGUGGCUCACCGUCGCCGGCUUGCCACGGGAAGUUCAUGCAGUACGGCGCCGGCGGGCAGUUCAUCAACGUUACUGGCUUAAGGACAUCGCCGUUGACUGUGGGAUCGGCGCCAGCGGAGUACUGGCCAGUGGUGGGGGUCGCCGGUGUCGACAUGGAUGCUGGCGCGGGCAUGGACAGCUUCCCUUCCCCGCCGAGCAGCCCGGGGUUUCUGUCGGGCUCGUUGGAGGGAUCAUUUGGCAACAACGUUUGCGAUGACGACCUGUUCAGCUUCGAUUCCUGACCAUGCCAAUGUGCAUGCAUGCUAAUUGAGCCAUUAACACGCGCUUGCGCAAUUUGCACGGGCCGGUUAAUAGUAAUGGUAGUAGGGUGUACCGUCUAUGUAUGUAUAUUGGGCAUGUAUGUAAUGUGCACCGGAUUGGUAUGUCAAUGGUAAAUAUAUAUGUAACUUCGUCUGUACGACACUAAAUGGAACGUGCUACACGUCGGUCGGCGUUUUUUUUUUUAAAAGAUCCGCCGCCUCACGAGUUGUUGGAUGGGCUGACUAUUACUUUUUGUCACUUCUGUAACAUAGUCUGUGUUGCAGGAUUUUCUUGCAACAAAGGUUAUGUUGAAGAAGACAUUUGUAAAAGAGGUUGUGUUACAGG